AAUCUCUUAUCAGUUUGAUGCUCGUUGUUUUAUUAAUAACACAAGCAAACUUUAUAUGGAUGGUGGUGCUGUUGCUGUACAAAAACAGAUUCUUCGUCAAGCUCUAGAUGAAAGAAAUCUAGACUCAUACGAUACUUGUGAAAUAGCUGGAAUUAUGAUAAAUAGACUUCAGAGUGGCAUUAAGGUCCUUCUAGUUCUUGACAAUGCUGAUCAAUAUGAACAAUUGGAGGAAUUUGGAUUUUCUUUCCAACAACUUGCAAUAUCUUUUGUGGCAAGGAUACCCUUUUACUUCUUUGCCGUCAAAUUUUGAGCCAUAUUAUCUUGUGGAAUUGAAUAUGCCUGAUAGUAGCCUUCAACGACUAUGGGAAGGUUGCAAGGAACUACCUAAUCUGAAAAGCAUGGAUUUGAGCAACUCCAAGUAUCUUAUAGAGACUCCAAAGUUUUUUUCGACCCCAAAACUCGAGCGGCUAGAUUUUACAGGAUGCACAAACUUAAUUCAGAUCCAUCCAUCAAUUGGACAUCUUAUAAAACUAGUUUUCUUAUGUUUGCAAAACUGCAGUAGUUUGGUUGACCUUGAUUUUGGUAGUAUAUCAAGAUUAUGUUCUUUGAGAGUUCUACGCCUUUCUGGAUGUACAAAACUUGAAAAGACGCCAGAUUUUACCAGCGCAUCAAAUCUUGAGUACCUUGAUAUGGAUGAAUGUACAACUUUAUUCAAAGUUCAUGAAUCCAUUGGGGAUUUGACACAGCUUAAAUUCUUGAGUUUGAGAAACUGCACAAAUCUGGUUGGAAUGCGCAAUGCGUUUAAGAUGAUGACAUCCCUUGUUACUCUAGAUUUUUGCGGUUGCUUGAGUCUUACAGUUCUACCCCUGCACUGUAAAUUGAAAUGA